UAUCCAACAUAAGAGAAUACACACGGGGGAGAAGUCAUAUUUCUGCAGCGAGUGCGGGAGAAGUUUUUCAAAAAAGUGCCAUCUUACCAAACAUCAGAGAUCACACACGGGGGAGAAGCCGUAUUCCUGCUCUGAGUGUGGGAAAGCGUUUUCAAGUAAAUACAAUCUUACCCAACAUCAGAGAAUGCACACGGGUGAGAAACCAUAUUCCUGCACCGAGUGCAAUAAAUGUUUUACAGCAAGCUCCCAAUUCAACAGACAUAAGAGAGUACACACGGGUGAGAAACCAUAUUGCUGCUCUGAGUGUGGGAAAUGUUUUACAGCAAGCUUCCAAUUCAACAGACAUAAGAGAGUACACACAGGUGAGAAACCAUAUUGCUGCUCUGAUUGCGGUAAAUGUUUUACAGCAAGCUCCUCUCUUAAUACACAUAAGAGAGUACACACAGGCGAGAAGCCAUAUUGCUGCCCCAAGUGUGGGAAAUCUUUUUCGCGGAAACGCUACAUUUCCAGUCAUCAGAGAUUGCACACGGGGGAGAAGCCAUAUUCCUGCUCCGAGUGUGGGAGAAGUUUUGCACUUAAGUGCAAUCUUACCAAACAUCAGAGAUUACACACGGGCGAGAAACCAUAUUCCUGUUCUGAGUGCGAUAAAUGUUUUGCACAAAAGAGUUAUCUUAUCCAACAUCAGGGAUUACACAUUGCAGAGAAGCCAUAUUCCUGCUCCGAGUGCGGGAAAAGUUUUCCACUCAAGAGCAAUCUUACCAAACAUCAGAGAUUACACACUGGCGAGAAACCAUAUUCCUGCCCUGAGUGCGGGAAACAUUUUUCACAGAAGGGCCUUCUUUCCAGUCAUCAGAGAUCGCACACGGGGGAAAAGCCAUAUUCCUGCUCCAAGUGUGGGAAAUGUUUUUCACAGAAGUGUUAUCUUAUCGAGCAUCAGAAAGUACACACAGGUGAGAAGCCAUAUUCCUGCCCUGAGUGCGGGAAACAUUUUUCACAGAAGAGCUCUCUUUCCAUUCAUCAGAGAUUGCACACGGGGGAAAAGCCAUAUUUCUGCUCUGAGUGCGGGAGAUGUUUUUCACGUAAGUGCCAUCUUACCAAACAUCAGAGAUCACACACAGGGGAGAAGCCAUAUUUCUGCUCUGAGUGCGGGAGAUGUUUUUCACUUAAGUGCAAUCUUACCAAACAUCAGAGAUUGCACACGGGGGAGAAGCCAUAUUCCUGUUCUGAGUGCGAGAAAAGUUUUGCACAAAAGUGUUAUCUUAUCGAGCAUCAGAGAUCACACACGGGUGAGAAGCCAUAUUCCUGCCCUGAGUGUGGGAAAUGUUUUUCACAGAAGGGUACUCUUUUCAGUCAUCAGAGAUUACACAAGGAGGAAAAGCCAUAUUCCUGACCCGAGUGCGGGAAAUGU